AGCAAAUGGGACUGUGGUACCGCUUUCCUGUGUGUGGCUCAAUUGGUCGACGCAGAGUCACCAAAUAAAUGGUCUUGUCCUCUAUACAGCUUUCCUCUCGGUUCCGAGACCUCUCUGACCUGACGCUAUUAACUUUGUCCCAUUAGUCUAGAGCUGUCCAUUAUCCGAGAGUAGAUCGAUAGUUGCUUUGAAGAUUAGACGACGGUAGCAAAGGAUACCCAUCCCAAGAAUCGAUCGAUCGAGAAACAUCUCACAACCUCCCACCCACCCGCAGAAAGAAAGAGAUAAAGAAAGAAACAUCAGUUAUGCCCGCAGGCCUACAUACGUCGGUAGCUACCUCGGUCCUCGAGACCCUUCAGAAGGAUGGCCUUGGGGUUGAUCAUCAUCAAGUGAUGGCGCCGGUGGCAGUAGCUUCUGACGACCUGGAAAUCGACCGACAAAAGGUCGAGCAACGGCUGCUGAAUCUGUUGCAUCACAAGGAACGAGAGAUUCAAAUCCUUCGUCAAGAACUGGCCGACGUCAAGCUCGAAUUGAGGGAUGCCAAGAUCCAGCUGGGUCAACAGGGACGAGAAGAACAAGGCUUUGGAGGUGGCGAUGAUCAGGAUACCACCAUGGACGACGCGCAGCUGUCGACGACCAUGCAUAGCAUCAGCACCUUUAGUGCUCCCAGUGUCGGUCCCAGUUUGGGCCCUAGUUUGGGCCCCAGCGUGGGUUCUUUCACGGCUAGCAGAGGAAGCUCGGGAUUCUCGGGCAUGGACUAUCUAUGGAAGACGCCUGUGGUGGAAGCGGACGACGACGAUCUAUCCGUCAGUGCCGUGAACAGCCAAGCUACUCCCUUUCAGCCACAUUCCUUCCCACAUGCGGAUGAAGAUAACAACGUCCACAACAAGAUUAGCAGUCUUUAUCAUCACCCUAUCGCCCAGGAGGUUAGCAACAGCAACCCUCAGAUUAGCAGUCUGUACCACGAACCAAUCGAGCAGGAGGAUAACAACGUCAACCCCAUGACAUUUCGAAGCUCUGACGAUGCCGCAGCUGUUGCGGUUUCCCCUCCUCCUCGUGAUCCUGCCUGGAAUGCCACCGCCCAAGUCUGUCAUGUAUCCGAAGCCAACGAAGAAACACUGAAAAGUGUGGUCGAUCAAGCCGUUCAAGACCCGUACGGCGACAAGGGAAUCUACACGGGAACCGUAUCACCCAAAUCGGGAUGGCCUCAUGGAAAGGGUCGCUUGGUAUACGAAGGCAAGGGCAAUCAGCAACGCAUCUUUGACGGAGAAUGGUACCAUGGUCGUUGGCAUGGAUAUGGCAAGGCCAAGUUCUCCAAUGGCGAUGCCUAUGAGGGUGGUUACGAAUACGACCAACGACAUGGGUUCGGCAAAUAUACAUGGUCGGAUGGACGUUCUUAUGAGGGCGAAUUCAAGGAAGACAAACGACACGGAAAGGGUACCUUUCGAUGGCCCGAUGGUGCUGUUUAUGAAGGAGAUUUCAUUGACGGACAAAGGGAUGGCCACGGGCUUUAUAAAUUCGGAGGCGGCUGCAAGUACGAAGGAGGCUGGUCCGAUGGCAAGUACAGCGGAAGCGGGACAUGCAUCUGGGUCGACGGAAGAUGCUACUCUGGACAAUGGCUCAACGGGAUGAGACACGGGCAGGGCAUUGAAACUGGCGCCGAUGGAAAAGUACGGCACGAUGGGCAGUGGGCCCAAGACAAACCCGUCGGCGCCACGGCCAGUCACAGCGAUAGCGGUAGCACCAAGUCGGCCAAGACAUCCACCAGUCGAAGCAGAAGCAAAAACAGCAGGAAAGGUCGUUGGUUCCAAAAGGCAAAGCCCACGGAAACCGAUACGGAAUGAUGAGGUGGGACUGUGCUCCUGGAAAAGAGGAUACAUCUCUUUAUUUUCAAUUAUAUAUUUCAUAAAAUUCUUUGCUGCUUCU